CUCGGUUACUUAUUGCAGUGAGUUGCGCACGCGAUUAUAUUCCAUCGACCCCCCACAGUGCCGGUGGCUUCAUGUCCAAAUGAAAAUGGAAUCCCCGUCUCUUGAGCAACUUGUGGACAGUGUCAAGAGCGAGCUGUUGGCAGUGAAGACUGAAGGAGAUUUUUUGCAACAAGUGUCAAUGUCGGCUCUCCAGGGUAAUAAAAAACUGCAGAGGAAGAGGCGAUAUGAAGAAGAGGAUUCAGUGGAAGAUAAAGCAAUGGUACAAGUGGAUUCAUUGAUAGAGCUGGAUGGCUCAAAAGUGAACUCGGACUCGGAUAACUCAGAGUCCGAUUCCGAUCUGAAUAGGCCAGAGACUGACUCGGACUCUUGCAGUUCAAAAGCUGACUCUGAAUCUGAGCAGCCAGAAAGUGACUCCGAAUCAGAUAGGACAGAGACCCUCUCUGACUCAGAUGGGUCCGAGACCCUCUCUGAAUCGGAUGUUACAGAUACCAUCUCAGAGUUGGACACAUCCGAAAAUGUCCCCCCAUUGGCCAUGUUAGUGAAUGUCACAGGGUCAGAUGGGUCAGAGACAGCCACAUAUUCGGACAGCUCAGACAGCGAUUCAGAUUAGGCCAGAUCUGAAUAGGUGUGAGCUGACUAUGCUUUAGGUUGCUGUGUAUUUAAACUGACAAAGCUUUUUUUAUAAUAGGAAGGAGACAUAGUCAAGUGGUAAAUGUAUUAAAAGAACACUUUGCUUUUUUGAGAGUUCCUGAACAAGCAAACUGUCAUUCCCAGCUACACCCUUAAAAAUACAAAAGGUUCUAAACCUUUACACACCCCAGUGAAUGCCAUUGUGGGGCCAUUAUUUUAAGAAUGUAGUUCUAAAAACAAGUACACAAAUUGCAGAGCAAAAUCCAGUUUUUAGAACUGUUCUGUGCAUGCCAGUCCCAUCACUCGACGUUUAGUGGAAAAAAGGACAGCUUUACUUUAAUGACACCAGAGCAUCUGUGAGUUUCUUCUAUGUUAUAUAACAUGUUUGCAAAAACUGCAUCACAAUUACGAGGUUUACUUAGUAUUCUUAAGCAUUUAACUCCACCACUGUAUUUGGAGGUGUAUGCAAUUUUGCUUCAAUUUUGUGUUUAUGCAGCAAGUUACAAUUCAGGAGAAGACAGACUGCCAGAAACA